CAGUGUGUUUACAGUGAUUGAGGACACGGUGCAGGAAGAGUUAAACAGAUGUGGAGGGGAGUUUGGAGCUGCCAUGAAUCCACCUUCACAGAGAUGCGGCGCCUCUUCGCACAGCUGACUGGGAACACAGGUAGUCCGUCCGAAGGGGGCUGUCUGUCGGCGUACUUGUUGAUAUCCGGGCGCAAACAGCGCGGUGAGACAUGCGGAGCGGGAAGCCGGCGGGUUGGCGGUUCGGGUCGUGCUGAGGAUCUGUCCCUGCCAUGUCGGAGACAGAGGAGGGGGAGAUGGGUUAAACCCCGGCAAUUGUAAACCAAUAUCGACGCCUUCUGCAUUAUUUUUUUUCCUUUUAUUUUUUAUUUUUUUAAACGCCUCUGCUUCAUCUUCGUUUAUGGCUGCGGAUUGAUUGAUCACAGAGCUGAGACCACAAUGAAAGAAAAGAAUAUUAACAGUAGUCCGUAGUCCUGGAUGUUUGCAUGCUUCCUCAACUCAAAGUCAUCAUGGAAAAAUCCUUGGAUCUAAACAAAGCCGGCUCCCGGUCGACAUCAUCCCUGCCACCUGAGCCAGUGGACAUCAUCCGCAGCAAGUCGUGCUACCGCCGAGUCCGGCUGAACGUCGGGGGUCUCCCGCACGAGGUCCUGUGGCGAACGUUGGACCGGCUGCCUCGGACUCGUUUAGGGAAACUGAGAGACUGCAACUCCCAUGACUCUCUGAUGGAGGUGUGCGACGACUACAACCUGGAGGAGAACGAAUACUUUUUUGACCGACACCCAGGGGCUUUCACGUCCAUCCUGAACUUCUACCGCACGGGCAAGCUGCACAUGAUGGAGGAGAUGUGUGCCCUGUCCUUCAGCCAAGAGCUCGAUUACUGGGGCAUUGAUGAGAUCUACCUGGAGUCCUGCUGCCAGGCGAGGUACCACCAGAAGAAGGAGCAGAUGAACGAAGAGCUGAAGAGAGAGGCUGACAAUUUAAAAGACAGAGAGGGAGAGGAAUUUGACAACACCUGCUGUGCAGAAAAACGGAAGAAGCUGUGGGAUCUGCUGGAAAAGCCGAGCUCAUCCGUUGCAGCGAAGAUCUUGGCCAUCAUCUCCAUUCUCUUCAUUGUGCUAUCCACCAUUGCUCUGUCUCUAAACACCCUUCCAGAGCUUCAGGGCACAGAUGAGUUCGGCCAGUCCACAGACAACCCACAACUAGCACAUGUGGAAGCUGUUUGUAUUGCUUGGUUUACCAUGGAAUACCUACUUCGCUUUCUCUCUUCUCCCAAUAAAUGGAAGUUCUUCAAGGGUCCUCUCAAUGUCAUUGACCUGCUGGCAAUUCUACCCUACUAUGUCACCAUCUUCCUGACAGAGUCCAACAAGAGUGUGCUGCAGUUUCAGAAUGUCCGCCGUGUGGUUCAGAUCUUCAGGAUUAUGCGUAUCCUUCGUAUCCUAAAGUUGGCUCGUCACUCAACAGGUCUUCAGUCUCUGGGCUUCACGCUCAGGAGAAGCUACAAUGAGCUGGGCCUGCUUAUUCUUUUCCUCGCCAUGGGUAUCAUGAUCUUCUCUAGUCUUGUAUUUUUUGCCGAGAAGGACGAAGAGGAUACAAAGUUCAAAAGCAUUCCGGCUUCUUUUUGGUGGGCCACCAUCACUAUGACCACAGUAGGGUAUGGAGAUAUCUAUCCCAAAACUCUGUUGGGAAAGAUUGUGGGGGGAUUGUGCUGUAUUGCUGGAGUGCUUGUGAUUGCGUUACCUAUUCCCAUUAUUGUGAAUAACUUCUCCGAGUUCUAUAAGGAGCAGAAAAGGCAAGAAAAAGCCCUUAAAAGAAGGGAGGCUCUUGAGAGGGCAAAACGAAAUGGUAGCAUUGUUUCUAUGAACUUAAAGGAAGCCUUUGCUCGGAGUGCAGAGCUCAUGGAUGUAGUAGUAGAAAAGAGUGACAGACCUCAUGACAACCACCUGUCCCCAAGUCACUGGAAAUGGGCGUCCAAAAGAGCUGCGUCAGAGACAAGUUCAAACCGUUCCUUCAAUGCCCAAGAAAUAGGCUCUCCCUGCAAAGCUCGAGACACCAGUCCCCAAAGAUUGAACGUUGAGAAAUUAGAAGAGAUGUACAGCCAGAUGGCAAAGACACAGUCACAACCUAACCUCAAUGCAAAAGACAGAGGGUCCAGAGUUAGCAAACAGAGAGAUGAGAUAGAGCUUGGAGCCAUUCAAGACCAUGGACCAUCAGUGCUAGGAGCCAAAGACGGAGUGGGGGACAUGAAAAGCUUGUCUAGCAUUGAUAGCUACAUCAGUUGUGCUACAGACUUCCAAGAGAAUCCACGCUAUCCCCACAGUCCAGCAGCAGACAUUGGUCUUAAAGAAAGCAGCCGGUUUACUUUUGGUCCAGUUACAGUUUUGUCUCAGCACAUUAGUAAAAAAAUUGGUCAUCAAAUCAAAGGGCAGCAUGAGUCUGUGCUGAGUCCAGGAUCAAAAUCCUCAGGCCCAGACAAUACAAGAAGAUUCUUGUUUUCAGGAAACUCCUCAAAAAGCCUUAAAGGAGGCUGCCGUAGCGACGGGGAUUCAGGGCUGUCUCCACUUUCAGACAGCUCAGUUGUCUCAGACCAGUCUCUUUUGAGUCCCGAAGCAUCUGUGUACACCACUGCCAGCAGCAGGACCCCUCCAAAGUCACCAGACAGCACUGCCAUGGCCCCUACAGUUUUCACUUUCCAUGACUCCUCGAUCAGCAAAUACAUCGAUGCUGAUACGGAUGACGAUGAGCACCUCCGGGACAUUACUGAGGCCAGUCCCUCAGACCGUCUACUGGCUGGUGGCAGCCCAAAACACAGUAUUAACAUAAAUUACCAGAGGGGGACUAACCAUUUAGAAACAGCCCAAAAGAUGUUGGGUCAGAACUGUUACUUUCCUCUUGAAGGUAUUCGUGGGAAACCUCAUGAAAAUCAUAUAGGACCUGACCCAGCACGUAGACCAAAGGCUGAGAGGGGAAGACAAAAUACUUUGGACAAAGGCCUUUGAAGUAUAGGUUAUCAGAGACACAUGGAACGCAGGUGGACAUAUGGUUAUUGACCAAAACACCUGGCAAACAGAGCUGCUCAAUAAGCCAGAGACAAAGAAAGGUAUAGAGAAAAAGGCUCUCAUGUUUCGCAAAUAACCUGAGCAUGCCGCUAGGGCAACAAGCUAUGUCAAUACAUGUUGGGAAUACUUUGGAAGAAAAAUACCUUAAGUUGGAAGAAUGUCACUGCCCCUCCUUUGAGUUCAUUCCUGUGUGCUGUAUUUCACAUCCACAAAACUAAAGAACACCCCCAGAUAGCCAGUGGGUUUGUUUAAAAACGCAGAGUCAGCAGAAAGAUUGAGCUACGGAUAUAAAUGGAAGUAGCACAACAAAAUAAUGAUUUCAGCCAAAGGGUUUUUUCAGUUCCAUAAAAAAACAAAGUCCACCUUCUUGUAGUGACUCCCAAUUAUUAUUAUUUUUUCAUUAUUGGAGAAAUACCAGAGGACCUAGAAGCCUAUAAGCUACAUAUUGUGCCCUCCAUUCCCAAACCUGGCCUUAAUCAUUUACAUUUGCAAGUAUGUGCAAAUGUGAGUUCAUCUGAUUAUCAGCUGUGUGAGAUAAUCUGAAUAUGAAUGAGUGAAUUAUGAGAAACUGAUGUAAACAACAUCUUAAAACAAUCUAACCUGAUUUAUUUUUUUAUUGAUAAGAGAAAGUCCCUUAUACAGAAGUGAUUUGCUUGUCUACAAUGUCAGAUUUCUAUGUGAUGCAUAAGAUUUAAUGUCUUUGCUUAAGGUCUGCAGUUAUCACAGGUUCCCACUUAUUUUUCAUUACAUGGGCCUCAUUGCCUCUCUUUAGCAUCUGUCCUGCUAUCUUUUAGGUUUACAUGUUGUGUAUUGAAUGGAUGAAUACAGAACAUCUGCCGCUGGACGUUAUUUUUUAGCAUUGUAUGAUGUUUUAUGAGGAUAAAGGUAGACCUUAGCUGAAAUAUUGUUAAGAAAAAAAAAAGAAAUGAAGCAUCUCAAUUGCCGCAUAAAGUGAUAGCACAUGCAUGCUCACACAAUAUCAACAUAAAAAUAUGAAUUGGCAGUUAAAGAAAUGUUUAAAGUAGACUUAUCUUGUAAUGUUUUACAACAAACUCACAUGAAGUUUACAUCUGAGUGACAGAUUCUCAGCGUGUGUAAGCUUUGAUUUGACUGACAUUGAGUUUUAAAUAGUUGGAUAGGAAACAAGAACAAAACAAAUUGGGUUUUACUUCUUGUUUCUCAACGUAAUUAAUUCUAUUAGCACUGACUUCAUUCAAGGAUGAUUUUAUCACCAUUUAUAUAUAGUUACCAGAUUUGAUCCUCACUCACAAAUGCGCAACACUCUCACACGCAAACCGGUUGAAGAUAGCCACAGGCUACAUAGAUACCGAUAUUUUCCAUGGAGACGUGAUUCAACCAACAUUGCUUUCAAGAGGAAAGCAAAGGUUUGCUAAUUAGUGUUGGAGGUCUGCAUGUCACAGAUGCUUGUAGGCAUAUAUAAAAAUCCUCACUGAUAAAAGACACGUCCAUAAUGUGGCAGGAGUCUAUGAUAGUUGCAUGCCAAAUUCACUCCUCACUGUGUGUUUUUUUAUGAACAAUGUGUCACUGCAAACUUAUGAUGUAAGAACCUGUAAAGUUCAGCAAAUGCUCCACAACCAACAUUUUUGUACUUUUAUGUCAUACCUUGGAAAACUAAAUUCACCGGCUUGUUUACACUGCCCUAUACAGCGCUGUAAAAAGGUGAUAGUCUCUCACACAUUCCUUCUGGGGUUUCUUUUGUCUUUUUGACAUGCAUUUAAAAAAAAAUGCAUUUCAAAAAAAAUGUUCACACCUAGUACAACUAACCAGUGGGAAUACAAAAAGGAUGUUUUCAAGUCAUGAUUUUCUUUGUCCGCCUUUUUUUUUUUAUUUACGUGUGAUUAACCACAUUAUUUUUGUUCAAUUUCACAAGCCACCCUUAGGGUUGAUUAUGGUCAUAUCACAAGAAACCAAAACUCUGUAAUAGUAUUUGUUUGACAACAUGAAGCAUAGUAAGACAUUUCGAAAUAUAUAUUUUUUAAACAAAGCAUAAUGCCGAAAAUCCAUCCAUUGCAUUUGAAUUAAAACAAUUCUGCAAAGAACAGUGGCCCAAAAUUUCUCCUUAGGGAAAUAAAAGUCUCUUUGUCAGUUUACUCAAACACCUGAUGGCAGAGUUUGCUGCCAGCUAUUAGGUUUAUGUGGCGGUUAUUUUUAUACAUAGGCCCACGUCGUUUUGGUUGUUUUUUUCCCCCCUCUAAUAAGGGAAAACAUCAUUUGAAUAAUACAUUUUGUAUUUCCUCAGGUUAUUUUGUUAGAUUGGAAAAUCCUUUGGUGACAUUUAAGUGAGACGAGAAAAAAAGCCAACAUAAACAAACAAAGUGUGCAAGGGACCAAAUCCUUUUUGCAGCACAAAACAAGCACAAGCAUGGCCAUGAGGUUAUGCAGAUGUACCAUUCUUGCUCAGUCUAUGCCACUCUAAGCUAGGCCUAAAAAUAAAGAAGAAGAGCAAGCAUAUUUUCUUUCAUUGACUUAUGGGGGGUUUUUUUUAGAUGAUGGAUAGAAGAAAAACUCCAAACCAAAAAACAUCUAGCAAGGAAUUCAGAACUUUGCUGAUACACUGCUGGUUGCCACUCACUCCCACCCUGGAGUUAGCAUCAGGUCAGUGCUCCCCUAACCACAUUAUGCAAAGAGGACAACCUAUUUUAUUUCUCUUCAAAUAUUCUAUAAUCAAAGUAUGUCCUGCUUUAACAUUAUUUAUAGAUUGCAGCUACUCCAGAAACACAUCAGUGGAAGGCAGGAUGAAAUACAUUAUGUGGCAUUGCUGCAUUCUUUAUCUGAAUUCAGCAGAGCAUCAAGCCACUCAUACUACUUCUUUGUAUCUUCUUCUGCAAAACAAAUACCACCAGAUUUUAUGAGACAUGCAAAUUUAUACAGAUUACGUGUCGCAGAUUGCAAUGGUCUUUGAGAAUCUGCUGGGUUUUUUUUACUGUCUAAUCAACUUUUCCUCUACACGAGUACACAAACCAUCAGAUAAUAUGGCUGAGCUACCCAGCACUCUGUGAUGUUAUUUGCUUGGCAGACCAGUUUGAAUGGCAACAUUUGAUUUUGUUAGACUUUAUAAAUUGUUUAAAACUGAUAAAACUCUGGUUUUUAUCAAUUAGAUUUGUUUGGUUUUGUUUCGAUCACACUGUCACGUAGUAAAUCAGGCCUAGAGUCAUGUUGAACAAAUAGCUGCAUCCCCUGCAUAAAUCACUCAUUCAUUAUAAAAAAAAAAACUUUCUUUCAACACAUAGUCAUAUGAUAUAGUCACCCUGUAAAUCAAAAGUUUGAACAUUUGGCAGAAAAGUACACUUACAGCUCAUGAAAUACACACAAAAAUAUCCCUAAAAGCAAAUGAAAGUUUGGUGCACGGUCAGUAGUUACAGCUCAAUUUCACAAAGUGUAACAGAAUCAAAAUAGUCUGACUUUCUAGGUGGGAAAAAAUUCAGUAACAGAAGUUAUAUAAAAAUCCCAAAAUAAAAACCUGUGAAAUAAGAUUUUUUUAUUAUUAUUAUUUCCAGCAAAGAAAGAAAUGAUUCAGCAAAGAAAAAAAUGUAUAACAAUCUGUGUUCCAGUCUGUCAUUUAUCAGUAUUGUGUUUCCCAGUUCCAUCCCAGUUCAAACACAUAAUGAGGAAACAUGAAAUGUCAGCAGCGUUUCAGGGACUUGUAGAGUUGAUCCCUCCCUCCAACAUUUAUGGGGUACAUAUGGUAGAUUUUUUUUUUCCCCCCUUAAAACUCUGUCAUUUUUUAAUGUCUUCUUUCAUCACAUCAAGGUUUAUGGGAACAAACAUGUUUGUAAAAAAUAAAGGAUCUAAGUCAUUUCCAGACCCAGAACAACUGGUGAAACAGUAAGUAAAAGAAAAAAAGCCAUUGGACUAAAAUGAAUGUAGUUUUUAAAAGUAAUAACAACAGAUUCCGACUGAUCUAGAUGUUUUUGUCUUGUGGUGAAAAGUCCAAUCACAAAUCCAGAUUCUGUUUUCAGUUUUAAUCACAGAGUUGGACCAUUUCAUAUUGCUCUCCCUUAGUGAGAGUAGCUGAGGUGUGAAAGGAAUAGCAAUGACUGUGAGGAGCAGAGGGAAGCCGAGCUUGUUUGUGUGCGCGUUACCACUGGGAAGCAUUAAAGCAGCAAGGGCACUGCUUAAUGGAAAAGAAUGAACUGUUUUCGAUGGGAAUGUGUGUUUGUGCUGUCGAAUUCCUGUUUUUAUUUUCUUCCCGAGUACAUCUGCUAUUUUGGCUGAAACUAAACACAGUUCUAAAAUCCAAACUUUAAAGAGAAAAGAUUAAUACCAUGACACAAAAAUACAAUUUUAUAUUGAAAAUGGCAUGUAUAAUACUAGGGAAAAUACUACACAAUCCAACCUGUAUUUCAGCAUCUCAUAUUUUUAGGGAGAAAAAUAAAUAAACUGUUAUUUUAACAAGUGCUCUGUUGUAGUACACAUACUGCUUACUAUCUAAUAAAUCAUUGCCAUAGGUCUAACGCUUGAACACUGCUGCACAAGAACUGCUGGAAGGCAUUGCACAUUUCCUCAGAUGGACAAUGAAAAUGGCUUUGUUUACAUUCAUAGAUACAUGUUUUCUGAUCUCGGCAGCCAUGUGUGUUUACAUCGAAUUUGAUGAUUUCAAAUGGUUCAUUUCUGCAAAAACAGCUGCUAAUCAUUCAUAACCAGCAGUCAAAUAUGUGUCAUCUUUCACUAUAUGAUGGUGACCCCUAAAAGGAAAACACAUGACAGUCACAGAUGUCCUUUAAAGUUAACAAUGUAACCUAAAAAAAUACAUACAUACAAAAAUUGCUCCUGAAGCAUCAUGUAAUCCUUUUAUUUGUUUUUUUUUUUCUAUACUACAGUAUAGUCAGGGACCAUUAUUGCUGAAAUAUCUCUGAACAAUGAUGACAAUCAAUAUUUCAUCAGAAGGCAGCAAGCUCUACUUCAGAGAAUUGAGAUUUAUUGUGGAGAUACAAAUUUACAGCCAUGCACAAACACACUCUUGCUGAAAUAAGCACCAGAAUCCCAACAAGUGUUGAUAGUUUUAAUCUUUUUGACCAAGAAAACACCAGGCGAGAUGUUUAAUUUACUUAGACUGUAAUACUGUGACACAGAGCAAACAUGUUAUUACAAAAUGUAUGUUCUUACAAUUAAUCUUGUUUUUAUUUGCUAGCAGAAUUAUUUGGGAUUGUUAAAAUGGGGUUAUGUGGACUAGUUGUAAGCAGUUAGUAUCUCGUGUAAUAAAAUAGUGUGCUUGGAGAAAGAGAGAUUAUUUUUGGCAGAGGAAAUCAAGCCAAUGCUUGGUUCAGUUUCAAAAUGUUUUUCUGUCAUCUUAAAACUCCAAUUUCAUUAUUUUAUUGCUUUACCAAUCUUCAAUCUUCAAACUAUAUUUACAUAAGAUGGUUAUCUAGUUCAGUUCAGUUUAUUUAUAAAGAGCCAGUUAAUAGGAAUGAUCAUUUUCAAACAUUUUACAAUAAAUGGAAUAUCCAGUUAAAAUCUAGCUAUAUCAAAAUCAAUAAUCGAAUUCAUCAGAAUUGUACAAAUACAAUAUGAUCAUAUCCGCAAUUUUAUAUAUUCAGUUACAAAAAAAAAAAAACAAUUAUUCAUUAUCAUAAUAUAAUUUUCGAGGUUGGAGGGUUUUUUUUAAGACGGCAGAAAUCCACUUUGUCUUCAAAAAAAAUGAAUCAGGGAAGAUACUGACUUCUACUCAUUAUCCACAGAACCCUAUUUUAAAAAAAUCAAAUUGUCUCUUUAAGGCAGGGUGCUCCGUUUUUAAUGGAAGCAAAUAUGAAACAAACAAUACAAAGCACCUUUUAAUUUCCUAACCUCCUAGGAGAGAUAUGUACUCAAAUUAAGAUUAAAUUAUGCUUGUUUGAUUUUAGUUGAAAAAAAAUUAAAAAAAAAUAAAUUCAAGAAGAGCACAGAAUCUUUCAUUUUAACCAUACUCUGAAUUGUCUUUUAUGACUCCCAAGUGUACAGAUAAAUUCAUUAAGUUAAAAUCUAAAGUGUAAUUAGGUUGCUAGCUGAUAUAUCUCACAGUUUAAAAGUUUAAGCCUUUUUGCAUUUAUUUGAUAGAACCCCACAGGUCCUUUAAAGAGCAUGUGGCAGUUUUAAAAACCCAAUAAGGAUCUUUUUUUAUAUAAGCUGCACACAUUGAAUCUAACACUGUAUUACAGGGUUGGGGUUGAUUCAGGAUGCCUUGACGGAGUACACUCGUCACAUGCGACACCACAUAAAUGAGUAUUAUUAGAGAAUGAAAGUACAACAAAAACCAAGAGGAGUACACAAAAUGUCAGAUAUAUUUUUUUAAGGUUUACACUCCAAGUGGAAUUGACCCCAACCUUGCCUAAGCCAUUGAUCUUUGUAAAGUACACACUGUUUCCAGGGAAUUCAAUUACACAAAAAAAAACAAACAAAACAAAAACAAGAUAUUUGAACGACCUUAGCCAGCUCUCAUACGAUGUUGUUUGUAGGUCUCGAGGCUGUCUGUUUUGUAAAAGAAAAAAAAACCCACAGAGAACAUUUUUACCCAUUGACUUUCUAUGCUGUUGUUUCUGUAUAAGUGUUCUACUGUUCAGUGCAUGUUGUAACUUUGGCGUUGUGACUGGUUGUGAUUCACACAGAGCCAGUACCUGUCAUGUACUAAAAAAAAAACAAAAAAAAAAAC